AUGAAAAACGGAAUCAUAAAUACUCAAAAUAAAAAUGACAAUAAGCAGACACCAUUAAAGCAGGACACAAUAGCACAUUUAAAACUUCCAGACAAGGGGGCCCAUUUCAAUAAUUUCAUCAUAGAAAAAUUCGACAAUAUAAAUGACAUUAGUUUAUAUUUGAGAGAGUCCAAUAACUUAGAUGACAGUGCACAGCAGGUGGUGGGGGAUGAUGCGUUUAUGGUCGAUCUUAUCGGAGCCGUCGAUGGAGGGGCGCUUAGAAAUGGUGAUUUGAGAAGUUCUCAUGAGAGAGGUAGCAGUGCCAGGAGCAGCAGAAAUGGGGGCACUCCCCCCUUGAGGAGGACAAGAAAUAAGAGCAACAGUCAGAACCUCACAAACAGUAACCAAAAUGGCAGCCUCAGCAGCAGCUAUAAGAGGAGGAAGUCCGGAGGAGAGAGUGAAAGCCCGCGCAGGCAAAACCGCGAGGCGAAGAAAAUUUUGAACAACAAAUAUCAUGAAGGGGGGAGAAAGGGAGAGAGGAAAAGAAGAAGCAAAAGUGAUAUCAACCAAGGAGAUAGGAAGAAAAAAAAGUCGAAUGAAAAAAGGGAAUUUAUAAACGCCAAGCAAGGGUUAGGUAUAAGGAAUAAUAUGAUCAAUAAGAAUGAAUCAAAAGGGAGGAAUAAAUUGCAGAAGGGUUAUUCAGUUAGGAAGAAAAGGCAACUUAGAAGGGGGAAAUUAUUAUCCACGAGCAGUAGCAACGAUGGGGAAUUCGGCGCAAACAAGUACAUCCUUGACAAAAUAUUUCUAUCCCUGAAAAAGAAGGGCAAUUCGAUGGAACAACUAAACAACAGUUUUUAUAUUGAAUAUGACGAAAGUGCUGAUUUAGGCGUUGGGGGGGAGGAGGACACUGAUUCAGAGGUAGCCGAGGGGGAUGCACCGGAUGGUUUUUCUGUUGGCGUAUCUGCUGGCUUCUCUGCUAACGUUAAGUUCUCUGCUUCAGGUGGUGCUGCUCGAGGUGCUGUUCUAGGCGCCCCCGAUGGAGGCUCCAGUUCCUACGCAGACAACGCGCUGGAAGAAUAUUACCCUCCCGAGCCGCCCAAAAAUCUGCUUCUCAGAAAAAACAAGUACCACACACAUUGCAAUACAAACAAGGCGCACAAAACGAGGAACGGAAAUCAUUUGUACAAAUAUGCAGAUAGUAAUUAUAAGGAUCACCAACCGGAUGAUCUAAAAAAUGGAAAAAUCUUAUCUUCUCCAAAGAGUGGAAAUAACAAUGUAGAAUAUGACUGCAUAGGUUUUGUGUGUGAUGAAGAAUACAUGUGUCAAAAUCUGCACUUUGAUGAAAAUCACGUUGAAAGUCCUGACAGAAUAAAAUGCAUUAUAAAAGCCUUGAAAGAAAAGAACGUAAUAAAUAAAAUGGUUCAAAUAAAAUGCAGGGAAGCUUUAUAUGAUGAAAUUAAAGAAUGUCACACGAGUAGUCAUAUCAAUAAUAUUUUUUACUCCCUAAAGAGGAAAUUAAAAUACAAGAAGAAGGACGUUAUAUAUCCCUUUGACAAACACGACACAUACUAUACGUCCUACACAGGGACAGUUUCGAAGAGGGCCGUUGGGGGACUGCUAAAUCUUUGUGAUGCCAUUUUGUCAAAUAAGAAUGAAAAAUUUAAGUACAUCGAUUUUAAGAAAUCCUUUCGCUACAAUUAUAAUUUUUUUAAGAACAUUUCACCCAACGGUGUUAGAAGCUUUAUGGGGAACAGAAUUAACCACAACACUCAUUUGAAGCGUUCCAAGUCGGAGAGCAACCUGUACGUGAUGAGUCGGUUCGAGGCGCGCGACAUCGGCAGUAGCGACAAUAGCGGAGGUGGCGGAGGUAGCGGGGGUGGCGGCCUCGGCGGCCUCAGCGGUAACACCAAAAAUAAGCAACCCUCCAAUGCCAUUGCUAAAAGGGGUACCCAUAAAGCUGUUAGUACGUCCAAUUACUGCUACAGCGGCAACCAGGCCACCAGUGAGGCCCCCCCUAGGGAGAAGCCCCCAAAUGAGGAACACACCAGGGAGAAGCCCCCAAAUGAGGAACACACCAGGGAGGACCACCCAAAUGAGGAACACACAAGGGAGGACCACCCAAAUGAGGACCACCCAAAUGAGGACCACCCAAAUGAGGUCCCUUCCCCCCUCGCAGAACCUAAGAAAGAAGAGAGUACCCCUUGCUUUGGUGAGGCUAGCUCCCCCCAGGAAGGUGCCAACUUGACUGAUAAAGUCAUCCCACCGGAGAAACCAGAGGCAGGUACCCAAUUAACGAACGUGAUUGAAGAAGGUCCCCCCACGAAUAACCCCUCUAAUAGGAAAGAAGUGCCCAUUUUUAACAAACCGUUUAGGAGCUACUCAACUUCCAUGUGCAGCGUUAGGGAGUGUACUACCAAUAGCAACUCCUUCACUGACAUCAACUGCGGAUUUGCUGCCAUAAGACCACCCGGUCACCACUGUAGUAGAAAUAGCCCCGCCGGUUUCUGCAUAUUCAAUAAUAUCAGUGUAGCGUGCAAAUAUAUUUUUAAAAAAUAUGGAAUAAGGAAAAUAUUAAUUUUCGACUGGGAUGUACACCAUGACAACGGGACGCAAGAAAUAUUCUACAGCGACAAGGACGUCUUGUGCUUUUCGAUUCACAGGUUUGAUAAAAAGAAGGAUGAUGGGAAGAAGAAAAGGAAGAAGAAGAAAAAAAAAAAGAAGAAAGGUGAGGGAGUUGUCAACAAAGGCUCCAACUCCGCUGCUGGAGGGGGAACGGCCAACGGAGAAAAGGGGAAGAAGAAAGACGGUUGUGAUGAUAACGGGAAGGGUAGCAAAGGCAGGAAGGGAGAAAUCAACAAAAGUUCGAGUAAAACGUUUAAGGCGGACAUUAAAGGAUCCUCCAUAUUGGAUCCCGCCUUGGGCAACACAGAGGAUGCCUUAUCAACCACACUCGACGCCAGAAAGACCGCUACCAUUUCCAGUGACUCUUCCAACGGAACUCCAAGUAAUGCCACACACAGUGAUGACACGAAAAAGAAGAAGAAAAAAAAAGGAACCAAAGAUAGAAAGAAUCUCAAGUCGUAUGAAGAAAAUUUAUUUUAUCCACGCACAGGAGCGAAAAGCGAAUUGGGAAGUAAAAGUGGUUAUAAGUUUAACAUCAAUGUACCCCUCGAAAAAGGGUACAACAAUUGCGAUGUAUACUACGUAUUUAAAUAUCUACUCCUUCCCGUAUUGGAAAAUUUUCAACCUGAAUUUAUUUUCAUAUCAUGUGGAUUUGAUGCUUCUAUUAACGACCCCCUGGGGGAGUGUAACCUCACACAUAAUUUUUACCAGUGGAUGACAUUGCAGUUAAAAAAUUUCGCAAACAUUUUCUGCAAAGGGAGAAUUAUCCUAGUGUUAGAAGGUGGAUACAAUUUGAAUUACCUUCCCAAGUGCACCCUAGCGUGUAUCAAAGCGUUAAUAAAAAAGAACAAAAAUAGAAAGAAGGAGUACCCUCUCAUGCACAACUGGCAAUGGAAUGGGAAGCCAUCCACUGAUGCGGAAAUGAUCAAAAAGGGGGUCGGGUUAUCCAGGGUUACCCCCCCUAAUGGAGUUCUCGCAAUCAAAGAAGCACUCCCGACGGGUGUUAACAUUAGUGAACCAAAGGGGUCACCAAACGGGUCACCAAACAGGUCACCAAACAGAGACGAGCUAACCCCCUCGAACGAUUCCGCAUUUAACAAGAUGCAAAAUUGGAGGCAAGUAAAGCAUGGAAGUCUCAUCAACAAUAGCCACAAAGAUAACGACCACGUUAAUUUUUACAAGUUCAAAUGCUACUCAGAUUAUUACAAGACGUCAAACAAGAAUUUCAAACACGUGGCAGGGAAGACAUACACUAAUAACAUGACGUCCAAGAAGAAGGAGCUCCUCACAACGGGAAAGUUGCACUACUCCACGUACAAAGUAAUAAAAUACUUUCUGUGUAUCCUCAAAGGGGAUCCAUUCCACCUUAAUAUUAAACUGCCACCGUACAAUUCUUUUUUAAAAAAAAAUAGAGUAGAAAAUAAAAAAUUAAGUCUUGACAGGAAAAUUAGUAUAUUCAAAAAGGUGGACAGUCGAGCAGAUCAUCUUCGCCGUGAUGGAGGUAAUUACUCUCAUUAUGGAGAAGGUCAUUAUCAGUAUGAUCUUCAUAGGGGGGUUGAUGGCAGCCCUGACGACGCUCCAUAUGAUGAAGAGGACGGUGGAAUCAUGAAUUUCUACAUGAAGAAAAAAAUAGAGCAAAUGAACAGACACAACCAAACUUACAAGAAGCACUACUCUCUCUCGUCCACUACCAUUUCGAACUUGUCCCACAGCGAUCUGUACAUUUCGAACGACGAACUUGAUUACAACAGCUCCAGCUCCGACAGUAGUAGGAGUAGCAAAAGAAAAGUUAUCCUACUGAAUAAGCUAAAAUUGAAAAUAAGUAAACAUGGCAAUAUGAGUAGUGCACCCACCACGUCUAGACCCUUUCCUAAGAUGGAAAAAAGGAAGAAGCGGCAGAGGAAGAAGGAGAAGCAGAAACAAAAGCAGAGGCAAAAGCAGAGGCAAACGUUUUCCACUCUUAGUGACAACAACCAAGAGUUUAAGGGAAUGGAAAUAUGGGACCUCACCAAAGUCCCCGAGCAGGAUGACAUAACACACGUCAGUAAUCACAGUAGCAGUGAAGGGGCUGUCCGGGCGGGUGUGACCGCUGCGAACGGAGGGAUGUUAGCUCCCAAUUUGAGUCUUGCCCAGUGUCCUCCCCACCAGAGUGACCAUCACGAUGUCCACCUUGGCUUCGAUCUAACGAACUUGAAGUAUUGCCAAGACCAGCUGCAGAACUCCUUCACCAUGUAUACCCAAAGAAAAAAAGGAUUCAUAUUCUUCUACGGCAGUGGACACAGAAACCAAUGGGUGCUACCUGCACAUAAAAAAAUUACGCGCAUAAUUAAGCUCUGUUCCGACUUAGAAGCCUAUUUCUAUGCGUGGCUCUAUCUAUGCUGCGGGAAAGAAAUGUGCAUUUCGGGUACGAUGGUGGAUUAUGCUUCCUUCCUUGAAGAUAAAGUGACCGUGGAGGGCUUCUCUUUGAGCGUUGACUUAUCCGAAGAGCAGAAAAGGCAAGCCAAGGAGUUAUUGAAGUUUACCGUCCCCUGUUACCAUUCCUUUUUAAAGAAAACGCAGUUGCGCCAGCUGGGUUACCAGGAAGAGGCUCCUCAAAGCGUUGAAGUAAUGAACAUGGUGAAGGAAUGUCACGAAAGCAGCGGCGCGAAGGAAGCAACAGAAGAUAACCACAAUUGGAAGGAACAGAACAUAGAGGGUGGAUUACACGAGAAGGACAAAGACAAAAGCAACCUUGAUGAUAACUCAAAGGAGAAUUCGAAAAAUAGCGUCAUGACGCUAAAUUUUGAUGAAAAUUGUACAAGCCAAAAUGUCAAUCUUAAAAGCGAAAGUAACUGUUUGUUUGAGCACAAUGACAACGAAAAAAAUGUGAUGGAGCAGAAACGAAGUGACAAUGUGAGCAACAACCCAAGCAGCACAAAACAGAGUGAACCACUUUUAAAAGGUGAAGAAAAUAAAACUGCCAUUUGUUUAGCCAAUGUGUUAAGUACAAUGAGACAUCCGUGUGUGAUGGACGUAAAAAUGGGGGUCAGGUUAUAUGGUGAUGAUUGCGAUGAGGAUUCUAUACAGAAAAAAAUUCAAAAGGCCAAGAGCAGAUCCUGCUUGUCCCACGGAUUCCAUUUAACAAGCGUAAUAGGUUGGGACAAAAAAAAAGAAGAACCCUUUUUCAUAUCAAAGGAGGAUGCUCAUUCGAUAAAAAACGAUGACAAUUUUGUGGAUGCGUUCAUGUCGUACUUCUUAGCAUGCGACAAUGUACACCUUUCCAAAAUGCUUUUAAAGAAGCUGCUUCUCGUCCUAGAACACAUGAAGGCUUUCUUUGAAUCCCAGCAUCUAUUUGCCUUCUACGGCACUAGCUUGUUAUUUGUUUUUGAUUCGGAUCCCUCCAAGAAUAAGAACGAUGGUGACGGGAGUGCCGAGGCGACAGAAAACCAAACUGGCGAGGUGACAGGAAACCAAACUGGCGAGGCGACAGGAAACCAAACUGGCGAGGUGACAGGAAACCAAACUGGCGAGGUGACAGGAAACCAAACUGGCGAGGUGACAGAACUAGCUGAAGUGAGCAGCGCCAACCUCGUAGUUGAUCCAGAAGAAGAAAGAAGCAACAAAAUGGAGAAGGAAGACCACGAAGAUAUUUUCAACUUUCGGGAAAAAAUGCAGAGCAUUUUUGAAGACUCUCUAACAUCGGAAGAAAGGGACAUAUACAUGCAGUCAAAAUUAAACUGCAAAAUUUUAAAAAGCGCCAAUGUAUACAUAAUCGAUUUUGCCCAUGCUAGUUUGAAUAGAAAUCAAAAAGAUGAGGGGUUCCUUCUCGGAAUAACAUCUCUUCAUCGUAUCAUGAAAAAAACGAUUGAAAAGAUCGAGACCCUUUAUCAUCCCUAG